CCCAAAGGUUUUCUACAAGGAAUCGGCUGUCAAAAAUAUAGGUUAUAUUUUGCAUUACAUAUUUGAAAUUGUUUUGAUGUUUGACUGUUAAAAUAUGUGAUGUUAGCUAUUUUUUUGUAAAAUGUCGAAUCAAGAUAGUGUGGAAGACCAACAGCGAAAUGAAUUGGAAGCGUUGAAAGCUAUAUAUGACAAAGAUUUGGUAGACUUAAGCAAACAGAGUGCCUGGAAUAAAUGGAGUCCUCUAGAUAUAUUAAUCAAAUUGACUCCUUUGAGGGGCAGUUCUGGCCUGACAGAAGAAAAUGCCAAAUUAAACCUGCAUUUGAUAUGUCCUGUAAAUUAUCCAAACAAAACACCAAAAAUAAUCUUAGAAAAUACCACAGGCAUGUCAAAAGAGACAUUAACAGAACUUCAGAUUAAAUUGGAAAAGAAAGCUGACAUUCUCUUAGGAGAAGUUAUGAUUUUUCAACUUUGUGAAGAGGUAAAAGAGUUUCUUUAUGAGCACAACAAACCAGCUCCAAUAAGUUUUUAUGAAGAAAUGGUACUGCGGAAGCAUCAACAGGAAAUGAAAGAAAUUGAGGCUCAACAAUUGAUUGAGGCUUUGCAGACUAAAAAAGUUCGUGAAGAAAUUCUCGAGAGAGAAGAGAUAUUAAAAAUGGAAAAUAAACGAAUUAAGGAAUCCAAGAUGAUCUCUGAAACAUCUAACAAUGGUGUUUCCUUACAUCGAAGAACUAGUGUCAGGAAUAGCGGCGAUUCCAAUGAAUCUAGUGAUGAAAUUUUGCAGUGUGCACAUUUAAACACCAAAUCAAUUUUAUUUGUGAAUAAUGGAGAAAUAUGCAUAAUUCGGGGGAGAUGCAUUAAUCACUCUGAUAGGAAGUGCAUAAUAUACAGUGGUAUGGACAACAAGACAGGUCAAUUGUAUAUUUUAUCUGAAUGGAAAUUACCUGCUAAUUGUGAUAAGCAAAUCUCCAGCAUAGAACAAGAACUGAAUUAUUUGGUGAAAUUGAAGCAUCCGAAUUUGGCACGGUAUUUGAAUAGUUUUCACGAAAAAGAUGCUUUGGAAAGUAAAUCGGUUUUGCAUAUCUUGCAGGACUUCGUUUUUGGUUUAAAUUGUUCACAACUUUAUAUUUCGGAAAACAUUCCUGCUGAAAAUAAUAUUCUAAGGCACAUUGCAGAGGGUGUUUUGAAUGCGUUAGAUUUUCUGCAUAGGAAUAAUGUAGUACAUAAGAAUAUUUCAUCAUCGUGUGUCUACAUAGACCGAAAAGGGAGAAUAAAGUUAUCAAAUUACAGUUUGGAUAAAAGACUUUCUGAUCUGUUGUCUCAAUCUCAGUCAUCGAAUUUUAGCAAAAAGUUGGAUAUUUACAGAUUUGGGUUAUUUGUGUUAUGUUUGGUAAAGGGAGCAAAUGUUGAUGAAGAACAUUUUGAAAUUCCCAUUAACAUAUCUCCUGAAUUGUAUGAUUUUUUGUCCAAUUGUUUAUGUUUAGAAGAUAAAAGUAGAUAUACGGCAGCUCAAUUAUUAAACCACAAAUUUUUGAAAGUACCCUUAGUCCGAUUUACACCGUUUAAAAAUGGAAACGAAAAGAUUCCUGAACGGGCAGGUUCACCUGAGGUCCAAACAGAUAUACAAAUCUUGGCUCAUCAUAUGUCCAAUGGUCAAUCAAGAGUUGACAAAGAAUUUGAAAUGUUGGAUCAUUUAGGUUCGGGUGCAUACGGUGAUGUGUACAAAGUACGGAAUAUUUUGGAUCAAAGAUAUUAUGCACUCAAACGGAUCAAGCUAAAUCCACGCAACAGGCAGCUCAACAAAAAGAUAAUAAGGGAGGUUAAACUGUUAUCGAGAUUGAAUCACGAGAAUGUUGUUCGUUAUUACAAUUCCUGGAUAGAAACUGCUGUAUUUAAAUCUGACAAUCUAGACAGCGCAACAUCUUAUUCAACAUCUAAAACAACAUUAUCUAUUGAAUCUUUAAAUAAAAAGGUGGAUUCUGCAAAUUACAGUAGCUCAAUAGAAAAAUUAGCUCCACCAGUUGACAUUGAUAUGGAUUGGUCAAUUAGUUAUGGAAAUGAUAUUCCAAAGGAUGGAUGUUUUGACGAUUCAAACAAUGAAAGUGACGAAGAUGACGAUAACGAGAAUUGGGGUUUACAUUUGAGUGAAAAUAGUUCCGAUAGCAUACUUUUCCAAAAUGAAAGUGAAUGCGUUUUAUCCAAAAGCAAUAAAUCUGUUGAUAAUGGAGUUGUGAAUAAAGUAGAGACGCGAAUAAAGGAAAUUCAAUAUAUGUACAUCCAAAUGGAAUUUUGCGAUAAAAGUACUUUAAGAACAGCAAUUGAUAACAAUCUAUAUUUAGAUACCAAUAGGGUAUGGCGAUUGUUUCGAGAAAUUGUUGAAGGUUUAGCACAUAUUCAUCAACAAGGCAUGAUUCAUAGAGACUUGAAGCCCAUGAAUAUAUUCAUCGAUUAUAACGACCACGUGAAAAUCGGUGAUUUUGGUUUAGCCACAACAAGUUUGUUAACUAGAACCAAUGAGACAUUUGCAACAAACAAAAGUUAUCUUGAUAAUCAGAGUUCACAAGAACAAACCGUUGAUCCCAGUAUGACUGGUCACGUGGGAACUGCUCUAUAUGUUGCACCAGAAAUAACGUCUACAGCGAAAGCAGUCUACAAUCAAAAAGUUGAUAUAUACAGCUUGGGGAUUAUAUUCUUCGAAAUGUGUUAUAACCCAUUGAAAACGGGAAUGGAGAAAAUUAAUAUUAUUUCUGGAUUAAGGUCAGAGAAAAUAUCGUUUCCACCCGACUUUUCUGAUAAGGUGUUUGGUAAUCAGGAGUAUAUUAUAAACUGGUUGUUGGAUCAUAAUGUAUCUCAACGGCCGACGUCGCAGGAAUUAUUGGAAUCUGAAAACAUUCCUCCACCUGUGCUGGAGGAAAGAGAGUUGCGCGAAUUAGUUAGACACACAUUAAGCAAUCCUCAAUUAAAAGCGUAUAAAUAUCUGGUAGAGUCUUGCUUCAAACAGCAAUUCACUGCUGCACAAGACAUUACAUAUGAUCGGGAUGUUUCGCUUGCAAACACCGUGAAGAAUAUUCCCUUGUACAAUUAUGUAAAGGAAAUUAUAAUCAGGGUAUUUAAAUUACACGGAGGACAAUACGUAUCAACACCUUUGUUAAUGCCCAAGAGCAAAUAUUACGAUAGUAUAGAUACUUGUGUGAAGCUGAUGACUCAUUCAGGUUACGUUGUAUCAGUUCCCUACGACCUCCGAGUACCAUUUGCCAGAUAUGUUGCGUGGAACGAAAUUACAUCACUCAGACGUUAUUCUAUUGAAAAGGUGUACAGAGAAAAGAAAGUAUUUGGUUUCUUACCCAGAGAAUUAUACGAAUGUGCUUUUGACAUAGUAAGCCCAAGCCCAGGGAAUUUUAUGGCUGACGCAGAACUGUUAUAUAUCUUAAAUGAAAUAAUCAAUGAAAUUACGGCGCUUAAUAAUCGUAACUUCUUGAUUAGACUGAAUCAUUCGUUAUUACUCAAAGCAAUAUUUAUGCAUUGCGGUAUUAAAGAGAAUAUGCAUAAAGAGUUAUAUGCUGUUUUAUCGGAAGCUAAGGAAGGAAAAAUUACCCAGUUGGAAGUUAGAACUCAUUUGAUUAACAAAGGGCUGUCGAAUAAUUCUAUAGGUACGCUUUUCAAUUUGAUGGAGAGCGAAGGGACAAUUAACAAAAUAACCAGCCAAUUACAAACCAUCACGAAAAAGAAGAACACCGAUGCAUCGACAUAUGCAAAGCAAGCGCUACAUGAACUGAAAAUUAUCCUAACUAAUGCAGAAGCUUUAGGGGUUUCGUUCAAUAUUAUCGUGUCUUUGGGUUUAGUGUACAACGUUCAGCAGUAUUCAGGAAUGAUGUUUCAGUUGGUUUGUGAAGUGCGGAAGAAGAAAAAGAUCGCAAUGGAUGUACUAGCAGCGGGUGGAAGAUAUGACAAUAUGAUACGCACAUACAGAAAUACCGUGGUGCAAGAUAAUGAGUCAAGUAUGGAUAUUAAACAAUCGGCGGUGGGUGUUUCCAUAUCCCUGGAUAAACUUACAAGCGCAAUGCAAAAGAAUCAGGAUGACAUGACUAAUUUCGCUUAUUUGGAUGUUGCUGUUUGUUCAUUGGGAACCAAUGCUUUUAUAAAAGAAAAGUCCAAGGUUUUGAAAGAUUUGUGGUGUGCUGGCAUCCGUUGUACGUUAAUAGAUGCCUCCACCCUAGAGGAAAUCCAAGAGCAAUGCAACGAGCUAAAAGUCCCUCAUGUGAUUAUUUUAAAAGAUAGCGAGGUUAAAAUAAAGAGUUGGGAUAGGGAGCGGUUCUUCGAGAAGAAAGCAACUAUCGGCGAUUUAGUAGAGAAUAUGCAGCGUAUUUUAAAAAUAGGAAACGACACUUGCCCCGAUUCGAGAGUAUAUCACAACGAGCAAGAAAUCAAUGUGAACAUAAAUUUUCUCACUAGCGAAAAGCUCCUGGCAAAUAACAGAAAGCGAUUGGAAAAUCAGAUUCGAUCGCAAAUGGAUUCAUUGUUCAAACGACUUAAUGGAUCUGUUUGCGUUUUAGUAAUUAACCUAGAGAUAGCCGUAAUUAAAACUAUGGUAGCGUUUUUGGAUUUUGAAUCGGAAAGUGUAUUCAACAAAUCUGUUGAGGAAGUCAAGGAAAAGCAUCUGCGACACAAGAAGUAUUUACAUGAGAUCUGUCCAGAAAUUUUCGAAGAGAAGAGCAAACGUGCGAAUCCAGUUAUUGUGCUUUACAGUUAUAACGAUAAUUUAUUUAAAGCGUGA